UUGGUCUUCAAUGGGGUGGACGAGAGAAGAGAACAGAAGAUUUGAGGAUGCUCUUGCAGUGUAUGGGCCGGAAGACCCAGAUAGGUGGCAACAUGUGGCCAACGCGGUGGCCGGAAAAUCGCCACAAGAAGUGAAAAGGCACUAUGAGAUCCUCAUGGAGGACGUCAAUCGAAUUGAGCGUGAUCAGAUCCCUUUACCCCGAUAUGUUCACUCCAGGCGAACAGCCCAGGACCCCUGCGGGAUGAUAAGGAACCUAAAUCUUCGUUGAAGCAAGACUCUUGAGCUCUAUGAAGUUACUGGAUGUUGUAUGAGACAUCUGUGGAGGUAUAUGCGCUAGUGAAGUGUAACCUAGCAGCC